CAGAUGGGAAGAGUUUAAAAAAGAUUGUGGAAAAGAAGAUGUGGCCCAAACCUUCCCCACAUGAUCGGACAGUCGGACCGGAGAUUCCAGAUCUAACAUUAUAUCGCCGCCCUCUCGUCUGAAUCACGAUGUCAACGCAGUUCAAGAGCGGACCUGCUUUCGGACUGUCCGCGGAGGUCAAGAGUAAGCUGGCCCACAAGUAUGACCCACAAAAGGAGGAGGAGCUGAGGAUGUGGAUCAGUGAUGUCACAGGCCGCAAACUUCCAGAGAACUUCAUGGAGGGCCUGAAAGAUGGAGUCCUGCUGUGCGAGCUCAUCAACACUCUUCAACCCGGUUCUGUAAGAAAGAUCAACAACUCUCCUCAAAACUGGCAUCAGCUGGAAAAUAUUGGUAAUUUUGUCCGAGCCAUUCAAGAGUAUGGACUGAAGCCACAUGAAAUAUUUGAGGCCAACGACCUGUUUGAGAACGUCAAUCACACUCAGGUCCAGAGCACGCUUAUUGCACUGGCUGGAAUGGCUAAAUCGAAAGGCUUUCAUUCGAAGUACGACAUCGGAGUGAAAUACGCAGAGAAACAGCAGCGCAGAUUUGCUCCUGAAAAACUAAAGGAGGGACGAAAUAUUAUUGGUUUGCAGAUGGGAACCAAUAAGUUUGCCAGUCAAAAAGGCAUGACAUCUUACGGCACACGGCGUCACCUAUACGACCCUAAGACCGGUAUGGAAAAUCCUCUAGAUCAAUCGACAAUCAGCCUGCAGAUGGGCACCAACAAAGGAGCCAGUCAGGCUGGUAUGACAGCUCCAGGCACCAAGCGGCAAAUCUUCGAGAAGAAGCUGGACAUGGAGAUGUGCGACACUUCUAUCGUCUCGCUGCAGAUGGGAACCAACAAGGUUGCGUCCCAGACCGGGAUGACGGUGUACGGCCUGCCGCGUCAAGUGUACGACAGCAAGUACUGCUCCAGCGCCAAUGAAUACAUCAACAACGGCCAGGACUCAGAGAUGGAUGGAUAUCAGUACUCCGACUAGGAUGAACAGCCGGCACACUACUUUUUGUUUUUUUAAUUCACCUGCACUUUUGAUAUUCCAGAUUCAUGUCGACAAGUAGGACCAGCUUUAAAUGUUUACCGCCACCACAGCCACUGAUCAUAGCUGCAGACUUCAGUGUCUGACCGGUCGUAGAAAACUAAAUUAGGAGUAUUUUGUUGACUUUUUUUAAUGGAACAUUCCAUCUUUGGCGAAAAUAAGCUCAUUUUACUGGUCACCUAGAGUUAAACGGUAACACUUUCAAUAACAGUACAAGAAUAAUGAUGUAUGUAAACUAAACGUUACAUUAUUAUGAAUUAACUAUUAGUUAAGGAGUACGCUAAUCAUGAACUAGCUUUAACUAAAACAUGAGUCAAAGGAGUUUAUGUGUGAAUAACGACUACCUUAAUUACUUGUUAGUACAUGUUAUUAAUGAAUGUAUCAUUCAACUUUUUAGUUUAAGCUAAAUGUAACAAACAUCCCUGCUGAAAAAUCCAGCUUAAACCAGCCUAGGCUGGUUUAAGCUGGAUUUUUCAGCAGGGAUGAGCUCAUGAGCUGUUAAUGUAUAAUUAUAUCAUGACUUUACAUGGAGGGGCACAUCACAAUUAACUCAACCUUAGCUACUAAUGAACUCCUGUGUUUAAAGUGUUCAUGUUCAUGCUGACAGAACACUUUUCUAUUGUUAUUUAGUGCAAAUGCACUAGACGGAUGUCCAUAAGGCGUUCAUGAGUAGUUAAGAAUUGGUUAAUGAUGAUGUGCCCCUUCAAGUAAAGUCAUGAUAUAAUUUUCAUGAACAUAUCUGGAGUUCAUGAUGGUUAAAUUAAGCAUAAACUAAUGUAGUAUUUAAUACAUUAAUUAAAAAACAAGGAUGUACUAACAAGUAAUUUAGGAAACCGUUAUUUACACAUGUUGUAGUUAAAGCUAGCUCAUGAUUAGCGCACACAUAAACUCAUCAUUAGUCUAUAAUAAAGUAAUGUUUAGUUGACAUAUUAACACAUCAUUAUUAAUGUACUGUUAUUGUAAAGUGUUGCCAGUUAAACAGUUGAGUUUAUUCCAUUUGCACAUUUAGCUUAGCUUAGCAUAGAUCAUUGAAUCGGAUUAGACCAUUAGCAUCUUGCUUAAAAAUUUCAAAAAGAAACUGCAGCAGGUGCAAUGAUGUUUAGCAGCACCUGAAAAUAGUCCCCUGCUAGGUAACGCUUCUAAAUAUCAUUGCUCCUGCUACAGCCGUGAUACGGCAGCAAAGUUGCUUGAUUAUUACGCCAGAAUGUGAGUAUAAUUCCAAUAGCCAUAUCAGCAGACAAAAUACAAAAUAGCAACUUUUCUGUCAGCCUUAGAACACAAUUUAACUGCAAAAGAAUAAAUAGGAAAUUUAUUAAAAUUAUUUUUUGAAUGUUUAAGGGGGAUGCUAAUGGUCUAAUCCGAUUCAAUGAUUUAUGCUAAGCUAAGCUAAAAGUGCUCCCACCAGACCUGGAGAUCAGCUGAAUGGAUUUAAAAAUGGUAAAACUUAAUUGUUUAACUUUAGGGAAGAUACAAUGAGCCUAUUUUUUUCCCAUAAAGGAGUGCUCCUUUAAACCAGGGGUGACCAACCCUGUUCCUGGAGAUCUACCUUGCUGUAGAUUUCAGUUGUGCAACCCUUAUCAAACACACCUGCCUGUAAUUAUCAAAUGCUGUUCAUGUCCUAAUUAAUUAGUUCAUGUGUGUUUGAUCAGGGUUGGAGCUAAACUCUGUAGGAAGGUAGAUCUCCAAGAACAGGGUUGAGCACCCCUGCUGUAAACACAGGCUUUUCCUGCUUCUCACAUAAGUAGAUUUACUUUUAUAUUUUAUUACAUUUUUUGAGUGUGCAAUUGUCCUCCUGCAUGGCCCUUUUUUUCUUAUACAUGAAAAAAAAAAAAUAAUGCAGAUGAUAAAUAUAGAUAUUAUUUAUGAUGCCUUAUAUAAACACUACUGGGGAAAAUCCUUUCAUGCUCACCAAGGCUGCAUUUCUUCGAUCUAAAUAUAAUUAACCGUAAUAUUGUGAAAUAUAUUAACUGCAAAUGUCUGUUUUCUAUUUUAAUAUAUUUUUAAAAUGUAAUUUAUUCAUGUGAAGUAUCACAGUCUUCGAUGUCAGGUGAUCCUUCAGAUUUAGUACUGUUCUUACUAUAUUUUUGGUCAAAUAAAUGCAGCCGUUUAAAAAAAAAACAUAUAAAAAGGAGUCUUUAAGUGCUUUAAAUGGAUUUGUCACACCAGAAGCUAUUAGAAGUGUGUAUUUUAAUGUCCCAUUGUGCUGCUUUGAUCAGAUAGAAGAUGAGAAAAUCCACUAAAGAGCCAGUCAGAUCACUUUCACAAAGAUGCCCACUGAUUUUUAAAGGGACAGUUCACACCAAAAAAAAAUGCUAAUUUACUCAAGUGGUUUCAUAUCUUUGUGUUUCUAUUGUUGAACACAGAAGAAGACAUUUUAAAGAAAGCUGAGUCCUGUAGCUGUUGACUUGCAUAGUAGGAAAAACAAAUACUAUGGAAGUCAGUGCUACUAAAUUCCAGCUUCCUUCGAAAUAUCUUUGUGUUUAACAUAAGAAACUCAAACAGGUUUGGAAGUAAAGGUUGAGUAAAUAAUGACAGAGUUUUCACAUUUUUGAGUGAACUAUCCCAUUAACUACUGCAUGAUUUUGUAAAUGCACUACAGCUGCUUGGCGUUUAGCUGUAAUUGAUGAAUGAAUUGACAUUGCUGAAACCACAUUUCCACUCUUUUAGUCAAUUCAUCCCUUAGGACAAGACAGGACAACAUAUUAGACAUCAAGACUUUAAUGACACCUACUGUAAGUUUCAAUUUUGCUCCAACACUCCUGCCUGUGUUAUCAAGGGAAUCUGAAGGCAUUGGAUACCUGGUUUAAUCUGUGUUAAACGAUCCCAAGAUUUUAUGUUGAUUCAUUCAUUCAUUGAGAAUGUUAACCCAGGAGUAGCCCGGUUUUUAAUAAUUAUCGUUUCUAUAAUAAUCGAUUACUUUAACGAUGUGUGAGCUGACAUUAAGUGCGUCAAAACAAACUAUGUGUCUGUAAUCCAAAAGUAUUGACGAGAUGAAACGUAUACAGUUAGAAUGAGUCUGUAAUUCAAAUUAUGAAAGCAAAACAAAUGUGUGCGGCCUUGUUUUUAUUGUUCUUACAAUAUACGAUUGAGUAAUAUGAUAUUCACGAGUGCCUUUUUCAUGAAAAUAUGCCAACUGUAACAAAUUCAACAACAGUUUGCAAUUUAACAUUUACUGCCUAACAUUUUUAUUUAAAAUAAUUUUUCAUUGUAUUAAUUGUUUUAAUGACCAAAACACGUUUAUUCACAAAAAGUUAAUUUGUGUGUAAGACUAAUGUACAUAUAAAUCAUUUCAAGAACAGUGCAAUAAAACCGCAAAUUUUAAAGGACAGUAGGAUGACCCUGAAUUAAAUCCCACCAUUUCUGCCUGACUACCACUCCACUAAAUCACUUGAUAUCUCGUUCAAAACAACCUGGGUUAAACCAAUUCAAGUUGUUUCAGCGCAAUACCUGAACAACCGCUAGGUGGCACUGUAGAGACGAGAUUUGAAACCUCAGCAAGCGUGCUUCAACUGUGUUUCACUGAGUAGGGUGAACUUGCAGGCCUGAGAGUAGACGGUAGGCCCGGAUUGGCAAAUCAGGAGCACCGGGAGAAUUUUAAUGAUGAUAUAACUAGAUAUGACACCAUUUAAUGUACAGCUGUUGUGAUACAGUGGUUAGCACGUUAGGUUAUGACGCGGCCUACCCGGGUUCGGUCCUCGUCUGAGAAACAUUUUUUUUUUUUUUUUUUUAAAGACAUAUAAUACUGUGAGGGUUGUUGAACAUUUGAAGUUCUAAAACAGCUGUUUUCUCAAAAAAAAAAGACAUGAUAGUCUAAUUAGAAACUGAAUUGGAAAUUGAUUUUAAUAUAGUCAGUCGUGAACUGAGGUGGGCCGUAUAAGGCUUGAAACUUCAGGGCUGAAAAAGAGUCCCACUCCGGCCCUGAGUAGACCCAACUGCACACUCACACCUGCAUGCUCACUCCCAUCAUUUUCUGAGACAGUGCCAUGUGCUGUUGGGUCGGGUGAAGCGGCAGGUCCGGAGACCCAGGUCCACUCUGUAAUGAACGAUCACCUACACCUACCCCAAACCCAACCAUCAAAGUAGUAUGCGUGUUACCCUAGUGGGCAGUACAAUGUCCACUACAUAUUGCACCGGGUCCAGUACGUCAUUGUGAUUACAGACGAGGACAUUUUGGCACUUUCUAGCAAGUAGCAAUAUCGGAUAUUUGACCCUAACCCUAACGAUGGGCCUGGAUAUUCUGGUCUGAGCGAACAAGUCUGAGUGUGCAGUUGGGUCUCUGGGUGGGCAGCUUCAUAAUGUUGGUUUUAUGAAGCUUCGCUCUGCCCACCACUACUAAAAAGUGGCCAUUUAUGAGCACUUUGGAGUGAAACAAUUACAUCCACCAUAUUAAAGUCUUGCUCCAAACACCAAAGUGCCCUCCAUAGUGUAAUAUAUAUAUAUAUCAUUUGGAACACACCGUAUGCCUGUUCACUUGCUUUUGAACCAAUCUGAAUGAAUGAUUCAGUGGAUCACUCACAGUAAUUUGAAGCCACAUACAGGCAUUGUAUUGUCAUUUUGUUUGUGUGAGGGACCUUAAAAACACAUUCAGUAUAGCACAUCUCUGUUCUGGAAUCGUUCUUGAUCUGCCAUACACAAUCAGCGUAAAUAGAUUCCGAUAAACUGGAGGGAUUCGGGUGGUAAGACCUAUACCCCUCACUGACAAAGGUUCAGAGUUUGUCUUAUACAUGAGCUUAUUUGACUGCUAUGCCAUCAUCACGGUGGUGAAAAUAACCCAUCAAAAAAGGUCUUAAGAGCAAGCUGAAUCCUCUUGGUGGUCGCUUUGGUGUGACUUCAGCUAAUCAGUUUUGGCCAACAAUAUACAACACAAUCUGACAUAAGUGAAGUCAUCUUUCGCUACUGUGUUGUUUUUUAACAGAGAAAACAUUUUACAAGUAACUUUGAUUGUAAAUCUUGGAAUAAAAAUUGACCAAUGAAAAGG